GGGAAGUUGGUGGGAAGUUACAAACUGGUCACGGGACGAUGGCGGCGACGGUGGCGGACGGCGAGCUCCUGUACAAAGGAUUCCUCAACCUUCGCUAUGGCAUGUCCCUAUCCUUCCAAGAGUACUAUUGCGUCCUCACGGACACAGGAGUGUUUACCGUCUACGAGUCAGAAGAAGCCGCGGUAGCGCAGCCGACAGCGUUUGUCCAUCAAGUUCGUCUUGGCGGUACAAAGGAAUGGAAUGGCAAAACGAUGUUUUCGACCUUGGACAACUCGUUCAAGUUUAUAACGGAAAAAGGAAAAGAGUACUCGGCCACAGGCCACAAUCGCAAUGAAGUCACACUGUGGGUGAAAUCCAUCCGAGCGAUCACAGAUCCCGACAGCCACGAAGGACAGAAGCUUGCCAAGGCCAAGCGCAAACAACUUCGCGAACGCGAGCGGGAGCGGCAAAAGCAGGAGGAAUACGAAGCCCGCGCGAGGGCCCACAACACCCUACCGUCGGCAUCGUCCACGACAGACUUGUCCCAGCCACCCAUUUCAUACCUCACAGAUCCUCGACGGACGAGGCUCGACGCGCGCAAUUUUCCCAAGUACCGCCAGCAUCUCCAAGCUGCAAAGCUCGAGACACGGCUUACGGCCGCGCUGGACGAAACCAAGCCGUUAGAAACACGCAAGAAGAAAAAGAAGAAGCGGACGAGCGCCACGACGACGUCAGAUGCCCCAGCGGCCGACGACGACGACCUGUUUGGCGCGCCACCAGUUUCGGCAAGUGCGGCCGCUGCUCCCUCGUCGUACACUCGAAAAAGCGCUGUGGCUCGCAUUCCAUCCUAUGACGAGCACUCUGAAUUGACAGCCAAAUUUAGCAACUUGCUGUCCUUGGGGUUCUCCCACAACGAAGUCAAAGCCUUCAUGGCCGCGGACGGCCAUCCACCUGAACAAUUGAACGCGACGAGUCAAAGACUAAAGCAGUCGUCAGCAGGAGUGGGGUCGCCAACGAAGAAGGCGCGGAGGCACACGGCUGGUUCUUCAUACCCACCUCCCACGCCGCCCCCUCCAGUCGUUGCAGAGCCUCCGAAAAAAGUGUCGUUCUUCGACAAACUCCGAAGCGGAUUUCGAAGGGACGGAUGAGCUAUUUAAUCAAGUUUCGACCAGCACCGACAGCAUUUUGGUCUUCUUUGGGGAAUG